GGAAUAGUUACCUCGGUGUCGACUGGAAUCUCAGCAGAGGUUUCGGGACGCUGGAGUGGGAACAAGAGCGACGUUUGCACUUUCGGGGUGUGGAAAAGCCGGACGGAGCGUUCAGUUAUAAAGUCACCGCAGCAAGUUUAGAGAAGUUGUGUAAAACAAGUGAGUGCGGUGGCAGAGGAGAAAGUUCAAGCGCAGAAAGAUGAGCUUAUUGUCUGCCAUAGACAGCAGCACCUCGGUGUACCAGCCUGCACAGCUUUUAAACUGGGUUUAUCUCUCUCUACAAGACACGCACCAGACCAGCGCUUUCGAUGCUUUUCGCCCCGAGCCGAGUUCAGGCCAUGCGGAUCUGAACUUCAACAAGACUCCCACAGCCGAGCUCAGCUCCUCUCUCAGCUCCAACUAUCUCAACAACUUUUUCCAGCUACAGCGCAACGAGGCCUUGAAUAAUGGUUUAUAUAAAAGUGUUUCCCCUUACGGCUCUCUGAACAACAUCGUGGAUGGACUGAACUCUCUAACGGACCACUUCUCUGACCUCUCCCUGUCCUCUGAGCCUCGCAAGCCAAGUAAAAGACCUCCGCCCAACUACCUGUGCCAUCUUUGCUUCAAUAAGGGUCAUUACAUAAAAGACUGCCCUCAGGCCCGGCCCAAAGGUGAAGGACUGACCCCCUAUCAAGGAAAGAAGAGGUGCUUUGGCGAGUACAAGUGUCCUAAAUGCAAAAGAAAGUGGAUGAGUGGAAACUCUUGGGCCAAUAUGGGACAGGAAUGUAUCAAGUGUCACAUCAACGUGUACCCUCACAAACAGCGUCCUUUGGAGAAACCAGAUGGCCUGGAUGUGUCUGACCAGAGCAAGGAGCACCCGCAGCACCUGUGUGAGAAAUGCAAAGUCCUGGGCUACUACUGCCGCCGCGUGCAAUAAUGACCUGCCGGUUCGUGCCCACUCUUGCCUUCCUGUCCCUCUGCCCUGCAAAGAGCUCUGCGAAAAAGUGAAGUGUGCCAAAAUGUUAUUGUAAAUAUUGCUCAUGCAAUUAUGGCCUCGUGUAUCAACAACAUACGACACAUUUCUUAGAUAUAUGUGUAUAAUUGAUCAGUGAGAAUACAUAUUGAAGGGUGUCACUGCCAGUAUUGAUAUCCAUACCGGGCACAAUGGGAGACCUCAGUGUUGUGUUUUCUGACUGCGUGUUUACAGACUGCCCUCAUUUUCCCUGUCAAGUGAACUAUGCGGAUGUGCUGAUUAGUAAAGGUAUUAUGUGUUUUCAGUCCACGGCCGAGUAUGCCUUGCAAUAGUCUUUGGGUCAACAGCACACCUUUGUAACUGUGAAUUAACAGGGGAUAUUGUACUAGACAUCCCUGGCUUUUAUGUUGCAUAUUUAUUUGUAAUGUUUUUAUAUCGAUGUGCAAUUGAUUUUACUAAACUGGGAAAUUUGUAUGCACAUAUUUUUCUAACCCCACCUCUUGCCAUU